UUUCCGCAUUCCCAAAUCCUCCCAGAUUGGGAUCACAUUUAAAAAACGGGCUGAUGCAACGAUUUCCACUUUUUAAAAUCUACUCUCGACCUUCGGCUGACCAGAAGAGAGGACAUUUGUUGCACCUGGGAUCAAAGUCAGCUGUGGUCACGGCCGACCCUGACAAGAUGCCAGGACAAAUCCCAGAUCCCUCUGUGACAGCGGGCUCCCUGCCCAGCCUGGGCCCGCUGGCUGGGAUCUCAGCCACCACACUGACUGACCAGCUCAAGUUUGGUGACCUCCAGGAGCUGGGGACUAUGCUCUCACCUUUGCAGUUCUUGGACAACCUGGGGAAGAGGCAGCUGGUCAUCAAAACUGAGAGAGAUGAGGAGGAAGAGAGAAGGAAAAGAAGACGAGAGAAAAACAAAGUGGCUGCAGCACGAUGUCGAAACAAAAAGAAAGAAAGGACAGAUUAUCUGCAAAAGGAAUCAGAGCGACUGGAGAUGAUGAACUCUGACCUCAAAGCCCAAAUUGAGGAGCUGAAGCACGAACGACAGCAGUUGAUCCUCAUGCUUAACCGCCAUCGCCCCACAUGCAUUGUCAGGACAGAUAGUGUCAAAACCCCCGAGAGCGAGGUCAACCCCCUGCUGGAGCAGCUGGAGGCCAAGUGAAGGUGUGAUGACUUACCACAGGUUCUGUUUACAGUCAAGAAGAAUCAGCCAACUAACAGCACUUAGCCCUGAGCCUCAGCCCUGGAGGAGAACCAGCGAAACACUCCUGCCUUAAGACACAGCAUUUAUCCACAGAGUGGAUACAAUGUGUAUGGACACUGUACUGGCGGUUCAAUUUAAUAUUUUUUUUUUCUUCCUUUUGUCAUUCAGUUUAGUUGUCACUGAGAAGCACACAACUCCAGCCACUGCCAAUAUAGAGCAGGUGAAAUUAAAGGAAAAAUCCACCCUAAAAUACUUUAACACUAUAGAAUAGCUGCAUGCUGCACUGCUGUUGGUGAUGUAUUGCUUUUCUUCUUGAGAUAAGUGAACAAACAUGACACGACAUCACAUUCAGAUCUUUCCAGUGCAGCUACAGAGGAGUUUAAGUCGAGAUGAUUGUUCAAAUCUAAGACAUUGAAUGACAUGACAUUGUUGUAACUCCCUCAGAGUCACAGCAGGGUUUGUUUCUAGAUGUAGCAUGUUGCAUGUAGAUAGGAGAAAUCUAUCGUAUAAAAAGGCAGGCAAACCAUGUAGAAAAUGAUGAAGAGGCAGGUUGAGAGUAAACAAAUGCUUAGCAAUGCUUAAAUGCAUUGAGCAUCGCAGAUUGCUGAUGCAUAACAGUGUACUAGCAUUUAAGGGUGGUAUAUUCCUUUAAUUAGCUUACUCUAGAAGAUUGCCCAGUUUUUCAAAAAUCAGUGUAUCAGCCUUAUUGGCACAGUUGAGCUAUUGUUAAUUGAUAUCUAUCACAUCUGGUUAUUUUUCUCUCUUGUGUUACACAUGUUGUGGCACAGCGGUUGAUCCGUUUUCCUUUUUUCCUUUGUUUUUUUUUUUUUUUCUUCCCUGUUUUGGCGCAGGCGUCACAUAUGCACAUAUAUAUGGACUGUUUACAUUUUAGUUGCCUAAUUCCUGUUACUAGCUUACAUUGUUACUUCCAGUUAUGUUUAUGUUUUUUUUAUACUUUUGUAUAUGAUGUCAUAUAGGCAUAUA